GAGGGACCUUGAGGGGGGCGGGUGAUGAUGCUGCAGCCGUGGGUCUGAAGGGGUUUGUGCUAUGGAGGGAGGUGCUCGGCUCUGUGUACUGCUGUUCCCUGGGAGACGGGGUGGGUGUUAGGUUCCCGGGCAGAGAAGGGUUUGUUGCCGUGGAAGGAGAGCUGGGGUUCCUCAGUGGCUGUUCCUGGGUGUAGGAGGUUGAAAAGGUGGUUUGCUACGAGGUGGGUUCGUUGUCAUGGCUGAGAAAGUAAAGUUUGUAUUAGCAUAAGGAGCACUAACAGCUCCAGCGCUGGAGCGAUGCCGGCGCCAGGUGCGCCCAAACUCAGCAGAGCUGAGGCACCUGUGGCAUCUAACGCUCAGCUCAGGGCUGCUGCACCGCCGGAGCCGGCCAAGGACGGUGGAAUCAAGGUGACAUUAUGCAGCAAAGUGCCGAACCCGAAAGACUUCGUGCGCAUUCGGCCUCUGCCUUCAUCGGCUCAGACAGAUGGGAAGGUGUUGGCCAGGAGUUUUACGCUGUACCGGAGCCGCGGGCCGCCGUCAGAGCAAGUGUUCAAGGAGACGUGGCAGCGGAGGGAGCAGCAGCGCACACAGGCGCUAUUCACCCCCCGAGGGAAGCCCUACCGAGAGCUGGGCGAUCUGUCAUGUGCCGACCCAAAGCAUUUCACCCUGCGCUCCUUGGGACAGCUCGCAAAGGAACCAGUGAAGAAAUACAUGAAGGAAAGACCACGGAGAGAAGUGGCUGAGGUUGCUGCUACUGAGAGCUCUGUUAGCCCAAAGUCUGAUCAGCUGGAAUCAGUGAAAAGGCCCUUCUCCUCCUCCUCCUCCUCCUCUGAAGAAGAAACAGGACAGGAGCUGAAGACUCUUAGUAAAACUUUAGCUCGCUUGAGACGUCACAUCAGUAUGAUGAAGCAGGGUGGAGAAUUUUUUUAUAUCCUUCACCAAGAAUCGCUGGAGCAGACGAAAGCAUUGAAAGCACAAAAGACUCCAGUGACGACGUGGAGAACUGACUUCCAUCCAUGUGAAAAUUUAUCUGAGGCAGAGGUGUCAGCAGAAGAAAUGAACGCCCAACCAAAAAAAUCAGGGAAGAGGAAAAAAAAGAUGACCUUAAAGUCUUAUGCUCCCAUUUAUACCAGCGUCCUCGUUCCAAGACCCUCUGAAGCACAAAGUGAAUGUCUUUUCCGCCAGCUGUGUGCCAUGCACUGGCUUUUGGAAGCUCUGACUCUUGAAUCCAGCAGUUCAAUGCAUCCUCUAUUAUCCUGCUGGAAUCUCACGGACCCUGGUGGCUUUAAAAAAUCAGUGAAGGAAAUUCAAGAGGAAAAGUUAACAACAUAUAUGUGGGAGCUCUUUCUUACGAACACAAAGAAAUACUUGCGGAAAGCACGGCGCAUCCCGUUAAGGAAGCAGGCAAACAAGGCAGCUAUUCCAGCCAUCUCUCAGCUGAGCAUUCAGUCAUCUCAUGGUCAGACCCCCCUCAGCAGUGUAAAUUCUCUCGUGCAUUUCUCCGAAGACAAUGUCAACCUGAAAGGAUCUAUGGCCGAUGUUACGAGUGUGUCAAUGCAAACUAAAGAACAACAACCUUUCCCCCCCCCACAGAAGCAGAUCCAGACAACACAGGUGAAGGAGUCAAAAGAUGCCUCUGAACAAGAAGACACUCUUCAGAAGUCUGGACUUAAGAGCCAUAUCAGCCAUUUCAUUAAAAGCAAAUCUAAUCUGAGUGCUGAUGCAAGGCACCAGUUCAUGGCAAUACGGGAAGAAGCAGCUCUUUGUUUGCAUGAUGCUCUAGAGAGCAUUGAGAGCUGCCAGGAAGAGAGAUGCUGUAAAAAAUACCUGGCUUUGAAAAAUCUGAAGUUCUUUAAAGAGGACAUGGAAAGAAUAAGACAGCUGGAUGUGAGACCUGAAAGAGAACGUGAUGAAAAUGAAAUUAAAUGGUUUCCUGUAUUGCUGGCCAGGCUGCCGGAGCCAGUGAAGAACGACCAGUAUGUCAAGAAAAUCUUAAGGAAACUGGAAAAAUUUGGCAUGGCUUCUGAUUUAAUCAUUGAUCAGGAAACCUUCCUGAAGACUUUGACUGAUCUCCAGCUGUGGGAGCUGUGCUCUCCUGAAGUCGCUGCUGCUGUGGAGUUUGUACGUGAAAAUAUUGUACAGAUGUCAGAAGAGGAUUUCAGUGAGUGGCUCCAGGCAAGAAUAGACCCUCUCGAUGCACAGUCUUCUAGCCUUUAAAUCAGAUGGCCAGCUGAGAUGGUUUUCCAGUUACAAUUGUCGUGCUUCAAGCAGAAAACUACCACCUGUUCAGAUUUGCAUCAUGGAAGACUGGGGAAGGAGAGUAAACUUCAGGAAGUCCCAUUGACCACCUUUGUACAUCUGGAAUUUGUCCCUGCACUGUGCUCUGCUGGCUGUGGUGAGACACAUAGAAUAAAAGCUAAAUGGCCUCUUCCUGUGUUAUGCCCUGGACUCACCAUCAGACUUCAAUCUCACCUAACCAUAUAGAAUCAUAGAAUCACCAAGGUUGGAAAAGACCCAAACACAGGGUGGUUUUAAGCUUUAAUACAGUUUUGUUUGUUUGUUUGUUUUUUGUUCUAAUUCUUUUCAGUAGUUUGGAUGUUUUGUUUUCAGUUGAGUUAAUUUUGUAGUUAUUCUGUGAUUAUGGCUUAACUUCUUACCUUGUUAAUAUCAGUAUUGAAAAGCCAAGGAUCCCUAGAUGUAUUUCCAAGGUUUUCACUUGAAUAUAUACUUUCCACUGAUUACUGUAGCGUAUGUUUUCCAUCACUCUCCUGGAUAAGGUAAUAGAAUGAUACCCCUGAACUCAGAGAUGGUCGUAUUUCAUGAGCCUUGUGGAUCUGUUUGGGCUCAAUAGUCUCUUUGAUGGUGAGUCACACUUGCUAGAUGAUGGGAUCAGUGACCCAAUGACCUGCUAAGCUGAUGAUCUUAAUAAGCUGCUUACCUGCCUGUCAGAGCUUCCAAAGAACCCACUGGGCAGAAAGGCUGUCCAUUCUUUGGCCACAAUAAGAGAAAACAGCGGCAGUUCAGGAUGCAGGUGAGUGCUGUGACCAUUGAUGCGUGAUAUGUUAUUGAUUAAUGGUCUUCUUUUGGUCCCUUCCUCAUUCUCCUAACAGGAGGUAAAUGUUGUUUGAUGUUUUUUUUUCAAGGAAAAGAGCGAAAUCCACAAAUUUCUUUGAGUUACAGCUACCAGGAAAUAAAAGAGGCCUAAAUUA